UCCUUCAACCCCGAACCCCGCGCCAGGAGCAACUGCAGCAAAAGAUUCACUGCAUCCGAGAACAGUUUCACAACCUUCUUUGGAAAUUUGUAUUGGCCAACUCCUCUGCUUUAGCCAAUUAAACUCUUCCACUUACUAAAAGAGGCAAAUUAAUUGUAUGCGGAAUAUACAUAUAGGAUUUUCAUUCAUGCUAUAGGCAACAGCCCGUUACAGACAGUCCAAGUGUAAUGUAUACUGCUGAAAAUUGCUUUGGAAAUCGUUGAGUUCGCUUGCCGAUUGAGUUUAGGUCUUCGAUUAGUGCUCUGCGUUGGGCGGUAUCAGUAUCAUUUUCUGUUUUUCUACGAUUUUUUUUAAUGGAUUUUGGUUUUGUUUGCUGUUGUGAUAGUUUUGAUGAUCGAACCUCUCUUUUCUUUCUUUGAAGGGUUAAAGCUUUGAUUUGGUUGUCAAUGGAAGCUGCUUUGAUGGUUCACACGACUCCUAGCGAGUCAUAUUCUAAAGGACACAAAAGGAUAAAACUAUCUAAUGAUGGAGAUGGGUAUGGAAGCUCUUCUAAAGUUGUUGAUUAUUCUGAUCCAUUUGCCAUAUCAAGCUUCAUCGAUAAGUUAGAUUCUGGUAGAUAUGGAAGUGUGACAAAAGACAUUGAAGCUCUCAUUUCUCGGAGGCUUAAAGUUCUCAGCCCUUAUCUGAAGAAGCAUCCUAUUCUUUCAAAUAUCUUAUUGGAUGAUGGGAAAGAGGGCCUAAGUGAAGAUGCUUCAAGGGCACCGGAAUGUGUCAUUGAUUUGGAGGAUGAUAGUAGUGUGACAAAUGAUCCUUCAACAGAACCAAGGCAUGUUGUAAUUUUGGAUUCAGAUGAUGAAGACAGUGGAGAUCAUAGGCCGAAUUGUCCCUUCCAGGAGGUUGUCUUGCCAAGGUCCGCAGGGCAAGUUAUGGUGGACACAGCUGUUCAGACCCAUUCUGAGAGAAAAAAUCACGAAAAGUUAGUAAGUUUGGCUGGUGAAACCGAUAAGAGAGAUAAAGGUGUUUUUGUUGGUGUAGAUGAGUAUGAUGAUAACAAUCAAUCCAGGACUGAAGAUGAUGGCCUUGGAGAUAUAUGGAAGGAGAUGUCAAUAGCAUUGGAAUGUUCUAAGGAUGUUGCUGAAUAUCCUUCAUCUGAUGAACACGUGCAAGAAGAUGUAGAAUAUUGUGAUCACUCUUUUGUUUUGAAGGAUGAUAUUGGCUAUGUUUGUCGCAUUUGUGGGGUUAUUGAGAGAGGAAUUGACACCAUAAUUGAGGUUCAGUUUAACAAGAAAAAGAGUACACGAACUUAUGCACCUGAGUAUCAGAAUGUCAAGGACAGAGAUUCAAAUGAGAUGUUUGGAAUUGAGUUAUCUGAGGAAGAUUUGAUGGUUACUGACAUCUCUGCUCAUCCAAGGCACAUGAAGCAAAUGAAACCUCAUCAGGUGGAAGGUUUCAAUUUCCUUCGAAGUAACCUGGUGGCAGAAAAUCCUGGGGGCUGCAUCUUGGCCCACGCUCCUGGAUCUGGAAAAACAUUCAUGAUCAUCAGUUUCAUGCAGAGUUUCCUAGCCAAAUAUCCACAUGCUAGACCACUGGUGGUGCUCCCAAAAGGAAUUUUAGCCACAUGGAAAAAGGAGUUUCAGACUUGGCAGGUUGAGGAUAUUCCACUGUAUGACUUUUAUAGUGUGAAAGCAGAUGGUCGCACACAGCAACUGGAGGUCUUAAAACAGUGGGUGGAGCAAAGGAGUAUUCUUUUCUUAGGGUACAAACAAUUCUCCUCUAUUGUCUGUGAUGAUGUAAACAGUAAGGUUGCAGCUAGUUGUCAAGAAAUAUUGCUCAAGCGACCUACAAUUCUGAUUUUGGAUGAAGGACACACUCCCAGGAAUGAGAAUACUGAUGUUCUGCAGUCACUUGCUAAGGUGCAGACACCUCGUAAGGUGGUGCUUUCUGGCACCCUUUACCAAAAUCAUGUCAAGGAGGUAUUCAAUAUAUUGAAUCUCGUUCGCCCAAAGUUUUUGAGAUUGAAUACUUCCCGGGCCAUCGUCAAGCGGAUUAUGAGCAAGGUACAUAUACAAGGAGUGAAAAAGCAUCUCAAAACUGGGGAGACAGUUUUUUAUGACUUGGUUGAGCACACAAUACAGGAUCAAGAUUUUAGAAGGAAAGUGGCUGUCAUACAUGAUCUUCGAGAGAUGACUAGCAAGGUCCUUCAUUAUUAUAAAGGAGAUUUCUUGGAUGAGCUUCCUGGACUUGUUGAUUUCACUGUAGUGCUUAACCUUAGUCCUAGACAGAAGCAAGAAGUUGAGAAAUUGAAGAAAUGGGCAAGGAAAUUCAAGAGAAAUUCUGUUGGAAGUGUUGUUUAUCUGCACCCGAAUUUGUACAGUAUAUCUGAAAAUUCUGAUGUGACUAAUGACAGAAUGGAUAAGUUUUUAGGGGAAAUUAAUUUGAGAGAUGGAGUGAAAGCUAAAUUUUUUCUUACAAUGUUAAAUUUGUGUGAGUCGGCUAGAGAGAAGCUGCUAGUUUUUAGCCAAUAUCUCACUCCUUUAAAAUUUUUAGAGAGAUUAGUAGUAAAAGUGAAAGGUUGGAUUUUGGGGAAAGAAAUUUUUGUAAUAUCAGGUGAGUCAACUUCUGAUGAUCGGGAGUCAUCCAUGGAGAGAUUUAACAACUCCACCGAUGCAAAAGUUUUCUUUGGAUCCAUUAAGGCAUGUGGAGAGGGAAUUUCUCUGGUUGGGGCUUCUCGCAUUAUUAUCUUGGAUGUUCAUCUGAAUCCAUCGGUUACUCGCCAAGCAAUAGGGCGGGCAUUCCGUCCAGGCCAGAAGAAUAAAGUGUAUGCUUAUAGAUUAGUUGCUGCGGAUUCACCUGAGGAGGAAGAUCAUAGCACUUGUUUCAGGAAGGAAGCAAUUUCAAAAUUGUGGUUUGAAUGGAAUGAGUAUUGUGGUUAUCAGGAUUUUGAGAUGGAGACAGUUGAUCUGAAAGAGUGUGGCGAUCCCUACCUGGAAAGCCCACUAUUAGGGGAAGAUGUAAGGGAACUGUACAAAAGAUGAGUUGCUGGCUGGGGACAUGAAAGAGGAAUGAGAAUGAGAUAUUCCAAAAUUCCUAUGUGGGCUGGUAAGAAGGGUGAUUAUAGGGAAGCAUAACCUGAAAUAUGAACAGUGACAUGGGAUCCGAUGAUAACAAAAAGUUGGAAUUGAUUGGUUCUUUUUGUAUAUUCUUGUUCUUAUGUUAAAAACUAUGACAGAUUCUGUUAAGCGAAACAGUGAAGAGAUCAAUUUUGUGAAAAACAUGGAAAUGAUAUAUUUUGUUUUCAUUUUCUAAA